AUGACACUUGAUGCGUACGCAGCCCACGCCAAUGGACAUCACCACUUCCAACUGUCUAUAGCGGCGCCAACUGGGCCAGAUCAUUACAAGAAGCUCCACCUCGCGGGCAUGGGCAAGUUACUGGACUACGUCAACCUCAUGGCCUACGACUUCGCAGGCGGCUGGGGCAACUGUAGUGGACAUAACGCCAACUUGUAUCAGAACUCGCAGAAUCCGAAUGCCACCCCGUUCGAUGCGGAUUCGGCCGUCAAGUUCUACAUGAAGGAAGGUAUUCCUGCGGAGAAGCUGGUUCUUGGCAUGCCUAUCUACGGUCGCUCGUUCCAGGGAACCACGGGUAUUGGACAGCCGUACUCUGGUGUAGGAAGCGGCUCGUGGGAAAACGGCAUAUGGAACUACAAAAUCUUGCCUAAGGCAGGGUCCACGCUUAUGUACGACGGCGUCGCGAAGGCCUAUUAUACCUACGACACGUCGACGAAAGAGCUCAUCUCCUAUGACCCCCCUGACAUGAUCAAGAGGAAGGUUACGUACCUCAAGGGCCUCGGACUUGGUGGCAACAUGUUCUGGGAAGCAUCAUCUGACAAGAAGGGUGCUGAUUCUCUCAUUGGGAUCAGCAGCUCCUCGCUCGGUCAAGUAGAUUCUACGCAAAAUUACCUCCACUACCCAAACUCUCAGUACGACAACAUUCGGAAAGGGCUGCAGUAG